AUAAAAGACCACGUACAUUUGUCACAACAAUUGCCAGUCUUGUGUAUUUUUUUGUGAGCACUGUGUCCAAUAGAAAGGAGACGGCGGUGUGAAAUUGACAAAACGCCCUGGUCAGUUUCACUAUGUGGCCCAGCCAGUGGGAAUUUAUUUCAUGUUGAUCCGCCCUUCACUCGCACCCUGCUUAUUCUUCAAAAAAAAAUACUUCUCAGCAAACAUCUCCCCACCCCACUCUACUCCACUCACUCUUCCCCCAACCAGCAGCCAUCCGCGGCUCGCUUCGCUUCCCACGUACUCAAUGUUUGCUUAUCCGCUCCAGCCGGCCGCGACAAAGAGGGACGGACCCAACGAAACAGCGAAAGGAGAGAGGGAGGUUGCUGCAGACGAGGAGGACUCCGAGCAAUUCUUUCAUUUUAAGAGGCCACCCAGCCACGGCAAGAGUUUGCGGGUCUGUCCCUGAGCAAGAAAGAUGACAGAGUACAAACUAGUGGUGGUCGGAGCUGGUGGUGUAGGCAAAAGCGCUUUGACAAUCCAGCUUAUUCAGAACCAUUUCGUAGAUGAGUAUGAUCCCACGAUAGAAGAUUCUUACAGAAAACAAGUAGUAAUUGACGGAGAAACAUGUCUUUUAGAUAUUCUCGACACAGCAGGUCAAGAGGAAUACAGUGCAAUGAGAGAUCAGUACAUGAGGACGGGCGAGGGCUUCCUAUGUGUCUUUGCCAUAAAUAACACUAAAUCGUUUGAGGAUAUUCAUCAUUAUAGAGAACAGAUAAAAAGGGUAAAAGACUCAGAUGACGUCCCAAUGGUCCUAGUGGGAAAUAAAUGUGAUUUGCCCAUUAGGACAGUAGACACAAAACCUGCACAGGAUCUAGCGCGAAGUUAUGGAAUUCCUUUCAUUGAAACAUCAGCAAAAACAAGACAGAGAGUGGAGGAUGCAUUUUAUACACUGGUACGUGAGAUUCGCCAGUAUAGGUUGAGAAAAAUCAACACUGAAGAGAAGACCACACGCUGUGUGCCCUUAAAAUGUGUUGUGAUGGGUGUUGAUGAUGCUUUCUACACACUAGUUCGUGAAAUUCGAAAGCACAAAGAUAAAAUGAGUAAAGGUGAAAAAAAGAAGAAAAACAAAACCAAGAAAAAGUGCUUAGUUAUGUGAAUAGGUUUUAGUGUGGAAGACAUGCUUAGCUGGAAAAGUAAUACCUGAUUAUUUUUUGUAUUUUUUGUACAUUACACUAAAUUAUUAGGCUUUCUUUAUAUCUGUACUUGUUUCAAAUUUGCUUAACAGAACUGACAGCUGUUAGAUUAUAGCUUGGUUUAUGUGUAUGCUUCAUUUCCUUCAAGUGCCAGUAUUCCCUGAGUGUUUGUCAUUAUUUUGUUAAAUAGGCACAACUGUGUCAUUCUGAAAACAAAUUGGUCUAUUCCCCUGGGGCUUUUGUGCAUGUAACUAUGCUUUUCUAAACACAUUGUCUUUAUUUAUCAUGCUGAAAAUAUAUAUAAAAAAAAAAUUCCUCGAGUGCCAAUAGCUUGAUAGGUUUCAUCUCUCAUGAAUGGUUUACCUGGGAUAUAUUUUAAUAUCUUUGUAUGAUUGUAAAACUUAAAAGGUGCACAUUUUAUACAUUGCGCUUUGUUUGUCAAUGAUAUUGUUUGUCAACAAUUUCUCAAUUCUUUUAGUUGUGCUGACUUGGGAAUGUUCAUUAAUGUUCUACAGAACCGAUAAGGGGCCAGUGCCAGACUUUGUAAUGUUUAUAGGAUGUUUGGCUGAUAUUUGUCGUAAUGGCUUUGACGACAAAAAUUGUACUUUGUGAUUAAAUAAUAAAGCGAA